ACCGCAGCUGGGUCAAAGGACAACAAGAUGGCGGUGUCGGCGGCGCUGCAGUGAGGAGUCGAAACGCUGUGUGUGGGGAGCGCUGCCGCGAUGCCCAAAUACUAUGAGGAGAAGGAGGAGGACGGGCGGGCCUGUGCGGGGGUGCGGGAGGACCUGAGACAGUGUCUGCUCGAGACCUCCUGCGUCAUACAGGAAGGAAAAAGCCCCAGACAAUGCUUGAAGGAAGGACACUGCAGAGGUUUGCAGGUUUCGUUUUUUGAGUGCAAAAGGUCAAUGUUGGAUGGCAGAGCAAGAUUCAGAGGAAGGAAGGGAUACUGAAGCCUUUGUGAAGAGAGCCAAGCAUGGGGAUUUGUGGGUGUAUCAGUGCUUUAAGCAAAAUACAGAGACUAAAAUAAGAAGAGUACAUCAUCUGCAUCCUCCCAGUCAUGAAGUAUUCUCAUGGAAAAUACCUGCUUUCAAGAACUCUGAUAGAUUGAGGCUGACAUGCACCUAAAAUACUGAAAAGAAAACCAAUAUUAGGCUUGCAGUUUGGAGUGAUAUGAAAUGCCCUAAUUCAUUUUAAAUAAACUAUGCAAAAUCCAAAAUAAGCUGUAGCAAUCUUUAGCUGAGUCAAUUUGUUUUGAAAUUGAGAUUUCCUUUCAGUUUUUAGGUUUGUAGUUUUAUUUAUCUAAAACCAUAAAACAUUGUCAGAAUGAAAUAUUAUAAAAUGAUUGAAAUUGGUAGACCGCUUGAGUAAUGUUCUGCAGUAUCAUUCAGGAAACCUAAGAUAGAUCUCUUGUUUCCCAGCUUGGCAGGGCCGACAUACACUGAAAUGUACAGGUUAGCCUCUGGGGAAGAGAGUGGCUUAUAUUGCUCAAUAGUGAGUUCCAGUUAGAGUGCAGUUGGUACCUGUCCAGUCCCCAAGAACUGUGACAACAUCUCUUUAUCCCUCCACAAAAUUCUUUUUUUAAUAUGAUGGUUGGUGUAAGUUCAUUCAUACAUUGUAGCCUUUCAUUACUGAAGAGCUAAAUUAAAGUUGGGGUUACUCUUCAAAAUUAAAAUA